AUGAAGAAAACCGUGAGCCUGGCACUCCAGUUCGCCAACAAGACAAGGCAUGAUCUCGUAACGGCACGAGACCAGAUCGCAGAUAUCGAGGCUGAUUACCGGGACGAAACGGUUUUGCACAACAAUUACCUUCGGCGAACCGAGGCCUUGGAAGAAGACACCUCAGGAAUAAAGGAUGACUUUGAUCGGCUUGAAAGGGAGACCGAACAACGAUUAAGAGAGGUCACUGAGGAUCUAGUCGGCUCGACACUUGACAGGGUCUUAGAACUGGAAAAGAAGAAUGCGAGCCUUGAAGACCGCAAGAACAAGCUCGAAGCCGACCUCAAGGCGCUCACCGCACAAGUAGAUGAAAUAAUCAAGGCCAAGGUGAAUGCGGAUAUUGCGGUUGUGGAGGCGAAUGCAAGAGCAGCUAAGGAAGUCCAGGAUGCGCUGGACGAAGAAGCAAGAUUAGCAAAAGAGCCACCGCAACUCACCGAAGAAGAACGAGCCGAGCGAGAACAAAGGACAAUGGCUAAGUACCCGGGACUUGCAAAGUCUGUAGCCGCUCAAGCUGCGGCGGAUGCAGAGCGGCUAAAUAAUGAAAGACAAAGACUUGAAGACUUUGCAACCGCUCACAAGAAGAAGAAAACGGCGGCCCCUUCCUCUUCGGUUCCGGCGAAACGGAAAAGGAAACCAUCAAAGAAGGCUCAGGUAGCCGGGCUGCUGGAUGGGAUCACUGACACGGUUAUUGAAAGUCAACCGGACCAGGCCACUCGCACCGAAGAUGAAGAUGAAGAACAUCUGGUGGAGCGUUCUACAAGACAACGAGUCUCCGAAUCGGCCAGUCAACCGCAACCGGUUAAGAGAAAACGGACCAAGGAUAUGAUGGCCGGGUUCAACUUCUCCGACUCAGAAUAG